AAAAUCAUGAUUGUCAUGCUUUUGACAUUAAUUAUAACCUAAAAAUGAAUGUAAACUGAUGUAAAUACCGGAUUCGCCGUGAUGCUCUAAAAAUGAAUCAAAAAGUAACAGCACGAAUUUUUAAAGCUUUGCAAAAUAUAGAUGUGGAAGAACUAUCAAAAUGUUCUCAGCGAGAGAUUCGACCAAUAUUACCAUGUUUAGUUCGAAUGAGUUUAAUAUCACCACAAGAUUCAACGCGACAAUGUUCUAACGAACGCAAAGAAAUUUUGACUUUAUUGUCAGGAAUUGAGCUUGUAAACUCAAUCGUUGCUCUAUUAUCAAUUGAUUUUCACAUGUUGGAAAUCGACGUACGAAAAGAACAACAAUUGAGACAAAAAUUGGGAAGUACACAAAAAGAUUCAAUUCUAAUCGAAAACCUUUCAACUGGCUUAGCAUUAGAAUUCGAACGAAGUGACUCGCCUAGACGAUUACGAUUGGUUUUAAGUGAAUUAUUAUUUAUUCAAUCACAAAUACAUGAGAAUGUUCAAAAUAGGAAUUCGGAAUUUUUGAUCAAACAUAGCGAUUUAUUUGAUAAUACGGUGUAUCUGGGAGAAAUAUCAGACGUUAUUUGCAUUGCGUUGGCUGAAUUGCCAUCCAUUUUGCAUAUACAAGACAUUGUGGAAACUCUUUUGCAUGUGAAAAAUGGACCUACUGUUAUUAGUUGGGUGGUCGCGAAUUUUCCUUACUGUUUCCGAGAAGUUUGUACGAGCUUAAUCCAAAAAUCCGAUAAUGAUGAAAUGUGUGGAAAAAUGCGAAUGCAAGCUCUUCUUGCACUUUGCCAAAUGAAUCCCGGCUACGCUUUAGCUGUACGUCAAAAAUGCGCCGAAUUAAGCCGCUUGCCAGCUUUAGCAGUCACACUUAGUCUUCAUGAAGAUUUGGAUAGCGAAAGUGAUGUUGUUGCUUUCAUAUCAGGAUUAUUACUCAGUAAUGAUCAAGUUGUCCGCAAUUGGUUUACAUUAUUUGUACGUACGGGACAAAAACGGAAAGGUGAAUGUCAUGUAGCCUUACAACAACUUCGAGAUGAACUUCUAAAGCGAUUACAAAAUAUCAUCAACAUGUCUAAUGGAGUUCAUUUACCAGAGAGCCACGUGGUGCAAGCUUCUGCACUAUUACGACUGUAUUGUGCUUUGCGAGGAAUUGCUGGUAUCAAGUUUCAAGAAGAUGAAGUUAACUACAUAAUUCAAUUAUUGACAUCUCGUCCCCCCGCGACACCUGCAGGAGUACGAUUUGUAUCUAUCGGUUUAUGUAUGUUAUUAGCAUGUCCAGCUUUGGCGUCUCAACCAGAGCAUGAACGGAAAGGUAUUGAAUGGGUACAAUGGCUUGUUAAGGAAGAAGCUUACUUUGAAUGUGCUAGUGGAGUUACAGCGUCAUUUGGAGAAAUGCUUCUUUUAAUGGCUAUACAUUUUCAUAGUAAUCAAUUGAGCGCGAUUUGUGAUUUGGUUUGUUCAACGCUAGGUAUGAAAGUGCCAAUACGUCCAAAUAAUAUGACUCGUAUGAAACAGAUUUUUACCCAAGAAAUAUUUACAGAACAGGUCGUGGCUUCCCAUGCAGUAAAAGUACCCGUCUCACCAAAUUUAAAUGCUAAUCUUCCAGGGUUUUUACCAGUUCACUGUAUUUACCAACUCUUGAAAUCACGUGCAUUUUCUAAACACAAAGUUCCAAUUAAAAAUUGGAUUUAUCGACAAAUAUGUGAAUCAACAUGCCCCCUUCAUCCCGUUUUACCUCUUUUGAUUGAAGUAUACGUAAAUUCAAUUUUAAUUCCAAACGCAAAAGGUGCUGCGGAACAUACAAACGAACCAAUGAGUGAAUCCGAAAUACGACAUGUUUUUCAAAAUUCUGUAUUUGGUGAAUACUUUGAUUCGAAAAAGCGAAUAUAUAGUAUAACCGAAAUGGAUGCAGAUCUCCGAAAUAUUGAAGAUAUGUCUUCUUUAAAACCCAGUUUAACUGCUCAGCUAUUACUCCUUUACUAUUUAUUGUUGUACGAAGAUGUGCGUUUAACAAAUGCGCAUAAUUUGUCACAUGAGCGAAAAGUUAAAAUUUACAGCACAGAAUUUUUAAGUGAACUCCCGAUUAAAUACUUGCUACAACAAGCGCAAAAAGAUCAAGGAAGCUACGCUGGAAUUUUCAGUCCUUUGUUAAGACUUCUAGCUACACAUUUCCCACAUUUGUCACUAGUGGACGACUGGAUAAAUGUUGACGAAAAUUAUUCCGAUGACCGUAACAAAAUUUAUAUUUCAAAACAUAGUUUGAUCGAAGCUUUUGAACAAAUUGAAACAUGUCCACUAAAAAUAUGUACCAUUUUAAAAAAGAUGCUAAAGAAAAAACCAAUCGAUAUAUGGCCCUUAGCAGAAAUUUUUACCAGUUUCUUUAAACAUACGCUAGGUGAUAUUCCGCGUUACGUUCAAGAACUUUAUAAACAAGUUUGGCUUCGGCUAAAUACGGUUUUACCCCGAUGUUUAUGGAUAAUGUCUAUAAACGCGUUACAUGAUAAUUCGUACUUACAAAAUUUAAUGAUUACGCAACGUAACAUUAUGGUAGACCCCUUGCAAGUACUGCGAUGCGAUAUCCGAGUGUUUCGAUGUGCUCCAAUUUUGACCAUUGUUCUUCGUGUAUUACAAGCAUCGCUAGCUGCAUCACGUAGUCAAUUAUCACGACAUUUGCUAGACGAAUCGAAUUCAGAUAAAUCUGGCCAUCCAACAAUAUCCGAAUCAGAACGAGAGGAGUUAAAAACAGCUCUAGUUGCGACUCAAGAAAGUGCCGCUGUACAAAUUUUAUUGGAAGCAUGUAUGGAAAUUGAUGAAGAUCGUAUGAAACCGGGUCAAAUUUAUGCUCUGCGUGAAAUACGUAGUUUAAUUUGUUCAUAUUUACAUCAAGUAUUCAUUGCGGAUCCAUCUCUAGCGAAAUUGGUACAUUUUCAAGGAUAUCCUCGUGAUUUACUGUAUGUUACAGUGUCUGGGAUACCGUCAAUGCAUAUUUGUUUGGAUUUUAUACCUGAACUACUUAGUCAACCGUCUUUGGAGAAACAAAUAUUUGCAGUUGAUUUAAUUUCACACCUUGCCGUACAAUAUGCAUUACCAAAGGCGUUGUCAGUAUCACGAUUGGCAGUUAACACGUUAUCAACUCUUUUGGGAGUUCUUCCGAUUGACACCAGAACUGAAUUGUUUUUGUCAAUACUUCAAUCGUUAGUACGGAUUUGUGAAGCAUUUCCUCCAUUAAUUGAAGAUGUUAUUAAUUUAUUAAUGUUACUUGGACGUGUCAGCAAAUCGCAAGCAUCGUUAAACACACAUUUGGAUGUUGAAGCAAAUCAAAUUAUUUGUUAUGAAGUAAAGAAGACGUUUAAUUUAAUUAUGAGUAAAGCUGUAUUGAAGGGAAACGUGUACUAAAUUUAUUUUUGUAAAAAUUAGUUUAUAAAUCGAUGAUAGUUUAAGAAAAAAAUUUAAGAUAAGUAAUCAAAGUAUCUUACUUUUAAUGUAACUUUUCUUUAUAGAAAUAUAUCUUUAAUUAUU